CAACCGAAACCAUAGAAAACACCAUAGAGUUGAAACAGAGAGAACUGCAAUUCACUUGGGCGAAAGGAGGAAAAUGUCGGCUUCUUUACUAAGGAAGGGUUUGAAGUUGCUGGAGGAAUCGACAGCGGCCGCCUCCCGGCCCAAACCAACAGCGACCCCAACUCGGCUCAAGAAACAGUUGCUGAGGAGGAAGAAAAGAAAGAUCGUCUCAAGCCGCAAAAGAGAUAAAGCUACAGUCAAAGGCAAAGUUACUAGAUCUGCAUUAGAGGAGUAUCAGAAACGCCAGGCUGUUAACCAUUUGCAGGAAAACCUGCAGUACAUGCUGAGCAGUCAGUUUGUUACAGACAGUUCUGUCACUCAGAAGGUUCUGGCCCAAAAUAGAGGCAGGAAAGCUAGAGACCGCCCAGAGGAGGAGGCAAAGAAGAAGAAGCCGGAGGGCACAGUCUUCACUGAUGAAGAUUUCCAGAAAUUCGAGAAGGAAUAUUUUGCUGGAGCUGUUAGUCCAAAGUGACUUGAAUUGCCGGAGAGAAAUAUGGGUAUCAGUUCUUGACUUCCUUAAGUGAUUUGGCAGCCACAUUUCCUUCAGUAUCUUUCCCUAUGACUUGCUUAGUCCUAUGUUCUGGUAUCACAGUCUGUUCUUUUGCUGAAGACCCCAAGUCUCCUGUUCACCAAGAAAAUACUUUCAUGUAUGUUACAGUACUUUCUCUUCGAAAAUGAAAUAACUUUUCCCAUUGCUUAUGGACCUACAGUGAUUUACAGUACUAUUCUAUGCAGAGUUAUUCCGGUUCCAUUAAUGGGCGUAGACUGGAGUGUUUAGGAUUGCUGCUCAUUCCUGUAGAGAAAAGAGAGGUGAACUGAACCUAAAGGGUUUAUGAUAUUUACACAGGAUCAAUUUGGGAACUGACUUUUGCUCAUAUCUACCUGCCAUCUUUUAAAAAAUAUAUCAAAUGCCCGCAAGCUGUAGAUAUUGGAAUAUUGCCUUCUAAAGGAGUAAAACUAGGGAAACUACUUGUGUGAUUUUUAAAAAAUGUUGUACUCCAUCCCUCCUCUGAAAUACUCUCUUCCCUAAAAGCUGUGUUACCUUGGAGUUUCUUAUUCAGACAGUCCAUUUAACUGGCAUGUGUUGUGGCUAGCAUUAUGUAUGGGAAUGGGGGGAUCUGCCUGAAUGGCUCAUCGCUGCCAAUCUGCUGAGUUGCUCAGUAGUUGAGUUGUUGCCAAGGGUAAGUGGCAAGCUGCUGCUUGCAGUAAUGGCUGCUGCAAGCCUGGCAGAGCAUAGCAGGAACAGCUGUGCAACAGCAAAGCCAGUCCAAGAUAUGCUGGAAGCACAGCUCUCCAGGCAAGAUAUCCCCAGCACCCACCCAGGCAAAGCAGGGGAAUGCUGCUAAUCUGCUCCCUUGCUAAGUGCUGAAGGUCCUGGCUAAGGAAAGCAAUAAACUGCCCCUUUUUCAGGCACUGUGGCUUGCAGCGAGGGUGGCUGCAAACUCUGCUCCUUUCAGGACUCCAUGGAACACUGGGACAGAUGAGGCUGCACUCUAGCCAGCUGGAGGAGAUACUGAGCAGUAGCAUCCCUUCUUCAGUGCCUGGUGCAAACUUAAUGCUCUUUGCAGUGUUUUUCUUUAAAAAUAGUUUUAGCAAAAAAAUUUGGCACUUUGCAUGCUACAUAUUUUGAUCAUAGGCAGUUUUUUCCCACCCUGUUGUUAAGCAACCCCAUUCCACCUCCCCCCACCUCCAAUUCAGGUCACAACCAAUGUUGCCUGAGAGCAAGGGAGGUCAUGGCUGUGCUAUAGAGCAUCUGCUUGGCAUGCAAAGGUCACAAGUUCAAUCCUCAUCCUCUCCAGUUAAGGUUCACAUCCUAGCUGAUAGACAAGACUUCUGCCUGAGACCCUGGAGGGCUGGGUUGGCAGUACAGACUUUGCUGGACCUAGGGUCUGAGGGAGAUUUAUGAAAAGAUAUGUGUGUAAUUUUGUCCUUCAAAAAAUAUAGAUGCAUCCCUGGUUGGGAAA